AUGAAAGUUGUGGAAACCAUUUCAGUCUUUCUGCUGGUUCUGCUCACCUCAACUUAUGGGAUGCAGAGAGCGCCUCGUAUCAUCACCUUAUUGGAGACAGUGGAUAUACUUCUGGAUCACAAUGCCACCUUCAUCUGUGAGGUGGAGUCCCGUCCCCCUGCUGACAUCACUUGGACUAAGAAUAACCACCCAAUAAUGUACUAUGACACCCGGUACAUUACAAGGGAGCAUGGGCAGAUGCUAAGCAUUCCUCGCGUAAGAGAUACAGACAAUGGAGAGUACUGCUGCAUCGCCAGUAACGGCAUUGGAGAGGCGGCCAAAAGCUGUGGAGCUCUGCAGCUAAAGAUGAAGCCACAGAUCAAACGCCACCCUACCAAUUUAACCCUAUUGGUAGAAUCCAAAGCAGUGCUGCCCUGUGUUACCCUCGGCAACCCCAAACCAGAUGUCACAUGGCUCAAAGAUCAUGAGCUUAUCAAAAUCAGUGACCGUGUUACCGUUCUUGACUACGGUGCGUUAAAGAUCCAUAACAUCCAGAAGCAGGAUGCAGGACAGUAUCGCUGCGUGGCCAGGAAUAGCUUUGGUUUGGCCUUCUCAAAGCCUGUCACCAUAGAGGUCCAGGCUCCAGCACGAAUCCUACGGGUUCCUAAGGAGAAGCGAGUAGCCUAUGGCAGCCAGAUUUCCCUGGAAUGUAACGCCACAGGAAAUCCGAUCCCUACCAUCACCUGGCUCGAAAGUGGAAAUACUAUCUCAGGUGCAUCGGUCGAAGAGACUUUGAUAGGAGAGGUGAUCCUGUCUGUUCUUAAAGUGACGGUGAAUAAGCCAGCUUUGUUUACAUGUCUGGCCGCUAACCGACACAACUCUGGAGCUAACACUGUCAAGGCAUCUGCUAAAGUCACUGUCGCAGAGUGGAGACUCUACAAGGGCGUCGCGGGCUACUGCAGUGCGUAUCGUGGAGAUGUGUGCCGCAACAUACUGCAAGAUGAUCUGCUGGUUUUCUUCAACUCCUCCCUCUCCGACCCCGAGGACAUGCAGGAGUACCUGGUUCAGAGCUGGUGGACGGAGUUGGAAGGACUCAGUGUGCUGUGUAGUCCCGCCGUGCGCUCACUGCUCUGCCACUCCUCCUUCCCCGACUGCAACCCAUCAGGGUUAGGACCGGCGCCUAAACCUGUCUGCAGGGAACACUGCCUGGCGGUGAAGGAGCUGUACUGCCAUAAGGAGUGGUAUGUGCUGGAGGGCAGCAGUUCAGUCCAGCCGGACUUCUUCAGCUCUGUCCCCGGGUCACACUCUCCCACUUCACUGCUGCCCAACUGUCAGGCUUUACCAAGUCUGCACACAGACCCUGAUGCCUGUACACAUGUCCCUUUUGUAGACAUCAAGAAAGAUCAAGUUACAACAACAUGCUACAAUGACAGAGGGCGUUUCUACCAAGGCAGCGUGAAUGCGACAAGGUCUGGGAUACCGUGUCAGUCAUGGAGCCAACAGGUUCCCCAUCAGCAUCGCCUUUCUGUGGAUGUGAUUCCAGAGUUGAAGAGCUCACAUAACUACUGCAGGAACCCUGGAGGAAUCAGCGACAAGCCCUGGUGUUACACCUCAAAUCACAACAUACGCUGGGAGUACUGCGCUGUGCCGCAUUGUGGGGAGACAGUCAUAGCAUCAGUGUUGACUCCAGAGACACAAUCCCCUCGUCAGACUCCUCGUCUCCCUCCCACGGCAACGGUGUCUUCCCCGGCUUACUCCAUGUCCGUCAUUGUCAUCCUUCUGACUGCACUUGCCGCUGCAGUCUUCCUCAUCAUCGGCAUCCUCGCCUGCCGCAGACAGAGGAAGCAGUGGAGAAACCGGAAGAGAGCGAUUGAGACCCCGACCUUGACCGCUCUUCCAUCAGAGCUCCUGCUCGAUCGACUACACCCCAACCCCAUGUACCAGCGAGUUCCCCUACUGCUGAACUCAAAGCUUCUGGCCCUUGAGUAUCCUCGAAAUAACAUUCAAUAUGUCAGAGAUAUUGGAGAAGGAGCCUUCGGACGGGUUUUCCAGGCCAGAGCACCAGGCCUGCUGCCAAUGGAGUCGUUCACAAUGGUGGCCGUGAAGAUGCUGAAGGAGGAAGCCUCAGUUGACAUGCAGAAUGAUUUCCAGCGAGAGGCAGCGCUGAUGGCUCAGUUCGACCAUCCCAACAUCGUUCGACUCCUAGGUGUUUGUGCAGUGGGUAAACCCAUGUGUCUGAUGUUUGAAUACAUGGCCCAUGGCGACCUCAAUGAGUUCCUGCGUCGCCGAUCUCCAACCCAAUCGGUGCGCACCCUGAGCCGCGCCAGCCUAUCGGGACGCAGCUUCUCCUCUGAGCUGGAGGCGGUACUUCUCACCUGUGAUGAGCAGCUGUUGAUAUCCACGGAGAUCGCCGCAGGAAUGGCCUACCUGUCGGAGCGCAAGUUCGUGCAUCGUGACCUCGCAACCCGGAACUGCCUGGUUGGGGAGGACAUGGUGGUGAAGAUCGCCGACUUUGGCCUGUCCAGAAACAUCUACUCGGCCGAUUACUACAAAGCCAACGAGAAUGACGCCAUCCCGAUUCGCUGGAUGCCCCCAGAGUCUAUUUUCUAUAACCGCUACACCACUGAAUCGGACGUGUGGGCCUAUGGGGUGGUGCUAUGGGAGAUCUUCUCCAAUGGGAUGCAACCUUACUACGGUAUGGGUCAUGAGGAGGUCAUCUAUUACGUGAGGGAUGGUCACAUUCUCGGCUGUCCUGAGAACUGUCCUCUGGAGCUGUACAAUCUGAUGAGGCUCAGUUGGAGCACACACCCGUCAGAUAGGCCCAGCUUCAGCAGUAUACACCGGAUACUGGAGCGCAUGCAUCAAGGCACACAAAGCAAUAAUGCUGACACGGAGCCUGACUGCUAACAUGUGGACUUUUCAACAAAAAAAAAUUCUGUCCCCAGGCCCGUUGACUCAUGUAAAGAUGGUGCCUAAAAACACAUGUUAAAGGAACAUUGGCACUGAGCCCAAGCAUACAAAGAGUACUCAAACAGUAAAGUGAUUUGAUUCAUUUUCCUUGCACGGUUUUCAGUAGACCCAAACUGCCACUGCUAUGGUUUGUAUACUAUAAACAGCUCUCAUUUUUGGUAAUUUGCACAUUUACUUCCUUAUUUGAGUGUGUUAGUGGUUGGAGUGUUUUUUUGUUUUCCUUUUUUUUAAAGACAGGAAACGGAGAAAGAGGAUAGGACUCUAAUUUGAACCGCGGACACUACGAUAAUGACUCUUGAAUUGUUUUUAAGGGAUGUCAAAGGUGUUUCAAUGCCGACCAUUCACCAGCAUACAUCCAUUACCAGGUCUUAUUCUUAUCUAUGUUAAAUGAACAGACCAGACACUAACGUUCAGCAAAUGUUUUCCCUGCGGGUUUGUUCGCAUCAUCAUGUGUUUUUUUGUGUUACCUGGGCCAGACGCGCCAGAGAGGUUUUUAUUAAUUUAGACGUUUAUAUUCAAUUUUUUCUUUUGAAACAGUGUACAGCAAUUCAGAUAUGCUAAUUUAAUUAGCUUUGCAUUGACUGUGUAUGUAGUUGCGCGAUGGGAAAAAUGUACUUCACGUACUUCACUGAAGCCCAGAGCCUGACAUUUUGAAUACUUGUUACUACAAUAGCCACUAUAUCACGCAGAUAUAGCCAUAACCCUUUUAACCACUCAAACAUUAUGCUUCAUUUAUUGCAUGACUGCUUGUUUUUUUUCUCCCUCUUUAUGUUUCAACUGUUACAAAUGUUCUGACUUAACAUUAGGUUAAGAAAGAGGACAGGUAACGCUUCAUAGUAACUACGUUUGAAACACCUUUGUUGUUUUUGUCACCUACUGUAUAGCGAAUUCCAUAGUGGCACACAAUCACUUUAAACCAUUGCUGUUGAUUGUUUUUUAUAGAAAAGUUGCUAUUCCAUUUUUGGGCAUUUUCAUUGUUGUUUCGAUCUUUGUCUGUUUUUUGUGUUCAUUUUACUUUGUUUGACACACAGAGUUUGACCUAACGAGUACAUUUCAGCAGCAUUGGUAAAAAUAGUCUGAAGUUCAUUAAUGAAUUCUUCAAACGUGCGUCAUCAUCAGCCCACAAGUUAUAAAGAGAUUUGUUAAUUUUGCGAAAUACUCAUUAACUUAAUGUAUUACUGUGCCUUAAAAUAGUUUCUUAUGUAAGUGAUGAAUGACCUCCCCAAUGUUUAAAAAUAACCUCGUAAUGAAAGAGUAAAUCUUUCAUUGUUUCCUACAAAGAUAGAAAACUCUCUCUUUUAGAUGUAACUUUGAUCUCUGGUGUCAUUUCAACUGUUUUAAAUUAGAGUUAAAUGAUUUCGUAUUUUAGGACUGAAUUACAAACAUCUGUUGUGUCAUCAGUAUUGUUUGUCAUGUGGAUUACUCAAAGCUGUUUUUGUUUUCUUGAAAUGCUUUUCAGAUGAAUGACAUUUUUUUAAUUUGAAAUAUUCUGUAUGAAGUCACGUUUUGGAUAUUUGUUAAAUUACAUAAUGAUGCAGGUUUAUAAAGUAUGAUGUUUAAAUGUAUUGCUUGCAAAUAAAAGUAAUAGUUUAA